CGGACGUUGCAAAAGUCUUAGGCCCACCCAAGCAUAAAGACAGUCUUUUCUAUCUUAGGUCGUCAUUGCUUUUGCUCCUCCUAAAGCUGAAGUACUUUUUGAUCUACAAUGUUUGUUAAAUAGUUGAUGCACUAUACUUAAAUGUAUUCUUAAUGAUUAGUAUGUAUACUAACCAUUAAUAAUAUGCUAUAAAGUUUUGUUAAAAAUUUGGUAUUGUCGUUCAAAAUUUACUCGCCGCAUAUUGUCAGCUUUGCACCAAAAAAUGUUAAAAAACGACGUUAAAAAAUCUGCAUAAAUGUUUGAGUGAAGUGUUGUUUUUAAAUGGUGCUGUCUAAGCACAGCUUGCUUAGGAUGAUUGAACGUUUAAUUAUUCUCUCGUACGACACAAUUUAUUUAUAUUUUGCUCCGACGGCCAAAAAUAAAGAAAAUUAUAUUGAAAGCUACAGCAUAAAAAAGCAAAACCAUCCAUUGUUGAAUUAAAUCCAUAUAUUUUGUGAUUAUAAUCUUAGCAAUGGUAUUAAUUUACUUCUAAGGCACUUAUGGAGUACUUAAACAUAAAUAAACAUUUAUGUUCAAAGGAUCUUCACCGUUUUGUUAAAAUACACUCAAAUACCUGAAGCCUUUCUGACCAAUUUGAAAGCCGUCAUUUAAAUUUUUGGCGAUAAAAAAUUUGGCACUUGACAAAAUUUGAGCACGUGAAAAGUUUGCCGUUUCAUUAAUUGAUAUGACCGAUCAUAUCAAAACUAUUAAUAAUUUUGAUUGCUAGUGCUCAAAGACUGAGCGAAAAGAUAAUUUCACAGCUUAUUUUGCUUUGUUAGACUCAUUAAAUUACCUCCAAAAAAUUAAAUUCAACUUUAAUCGUCUAUCAUUAUCUUAAGUUUUUUGCCGCCCGCCGCUUAUCAAAAAAACGCAAAUUCUUAUCACUCAGUUUUUAUCAAUCAGUUUUAUUAUACCCAACAAAAAAAUUUUCACUUUACAGUUCAGUGAUUGAACCAUUGUGCAGAUCUGAAGUCUACGAGAAAAAAAAAUCAAAUCUGAGUUGAAAGCUGACGAUAUAGAAGAUUGUAGGAUUCUGGGAGGAUUCUGGGAAGAAUGAACGUGGGCGAUGUGCUUGCAAUGCAAAACCCGAGUGCCACUUUCGCGCCUCCUUGCGAACUAGCGGGUGGCACAUCGGCUCUCGGGUCUGCUGGUGGUUCUUCUCGGCAGCAGCUGGCGGCGUCACACGGGGACAGGGCCCAGUACAUGAUACAACAGAUUCUACAGCAGAACGGAACCGAAGGAGCAGCCGAGAGAUGGCUGAAUGACAAAGAGCGUCGUCAACGAGAGAGAACAGAGAGGCUACGAGAGAGCCUGAAGAGACGAGGAGCAAACACUACUUCUACUAACGGAGCAGGAGGAGGCACCCAUCUGCAACUUCUGGCCGAGAGAACCAGUUUGCAGAAUUACUAUUCAACUGAAACAUAUGGUGCUAACAAACAAUUUGCCUCUCUCCCUGGAUUUCCCGAAAUAAUGGCCAUGGAGAGAGGUCGCACAGAUUUGUUUCUUCAGAAGCCCUCGUUUGAAAGACAGAUGAUGAACUCGAAUGGGAAGAUAUCGGCGGCAGGAGGGGAUCGCGGGGAGGGAGUGAACAGACUUCAAAGGAACGAUAGCCACCUGCAACAGACUGCCACAGUUAACUGCAACAGUAGGAGCAACAGAGAUGACUUCUCUUCCAUCCAACUGCCACCAUUGAGUCAGAUACAAAACAACCACGCAAACAUCAAAAACAACAACAACCACAACACCAACACCAACAACAACAAUGAAAGCAACAACCCAAACAAUAAUAACAACAAAACUACCAAUAACAACAGCAACAAGGGUCUUAAAACAAGUAAGACCAAAAUCCAGCAUAUUGUAAACAUAUCAAAAAAUCAGAAAACCACCGGUCAGAAAUUGGAUGCCAGAAAAACUAGCAACAAUCAGGUCCCGAGCAAUGCCAAUAGUCAACAGCGCCGAGCGACCGAAAAUUCUUUCGAUUUGGUUCCAGUUGGGAUACCUAUCAAUGCGUCCAGGAGCAACGGCGGAACUGGUGGUGAGGGGGAUCAGAACACGGUUCCCUCUACAAAGAGAGUGUACCCGGAUGGGGCGGGGGGACUGAGUAAUAAAAAAUACUCCAUCAAUUUCUGCCAUUUAGCUGACGCCCCUUUCUCAUUCGCCAAUCACUAUUUGCAAGAGAGGAGCAAGGAGCAAUUGGACUUCCGGACGAUAUGUGGCUUCUGGCUCAAGCACACAGACCAAUACUCCUCGGAGUGGCUGCCCCUCAACCAGAGCAGCAUGUGCUGCUCAGGAGGAACAGAAACAGGCCACGACUACAACCACAACAACCCUUUGGUGGACAAUGAGUUUUUCAACAGAGCAGAGGCGAACCAACUUGAGCUGUGGAACGGAUUAUGACAUUAAAGAAAGAUCUCAAACUGAAGCGAAGGAGGAAUUAAAUGUUGCAUAAGAGAGGCGAACACACUUUAUAGAUUGCAGUGCAUAAUCGCGAAAUAACAAAACAUUUUUAGAAGCGCUUGAGUUCGUUUAAA